GAGUUCCGAAACUGCCCGGUCUUCGGGCACAGAAGCAAUAGUAUAUCCGCCUACCCAGGCAUGGACCACUUUGGCUCCAACAUAAAGUGGAAAUUCAAUGACUCCCCCGGAGCAGAAGGAGACCUGCAAACCCUGGAACACAAUCUCGACAGAAUACGCAGUCUCAGCCACGACAGAAGCUUCAACGGCUACGAAGGCAAAGACAUGGGUUUCCUCGAAGUUGAAAUGAAUGACGUGAACGAGUGUGACUCGGACGAAACAAAAGACUACGUAGGCAUUAGCCGCGAGAAUUCUGAAGAGAAAAGUGAGUACAGUGCGUCGCAUAAGUUUUCGAGAACUUCUUCGUUGUCCAACAGAGAGCUGGACGUGAUCAAGGAAAGUUCUCGAAGCUCGAGCGAUACGGAGGUGACACUGACGCGAUGACUGCCGCGCGUCACGUUCCACCGCGCCGUCGAUGUGGUUCAUUUGCAGAUAUCGCCGGAGCCGGGACAUUAUUGUACAAAAUGAUUUUAUAGUCAAAAGGUCUAUUUACUUCCGAAUACGAAUGUAGAGUUUCAGCCAGAACAAGAUCAUCAAGAUUCAUUAUUGCAUGUGCACCUGUUUUGUCUAAUGGCUACUGCCAAAAUGGGUGAAUAUGGGAACAUAAACCUUGUUUGACCUUGUUACAAUAUGACUCAAGCGCUUAGGGUCUCUAUGUUCAUUCAUGUAAAGACCUAAAGAGAAAAAUAGUUCUGAUGGUUAGUGAGUAUGCAAUAGUGUUAAUGUUUGUGGACCAGUAGCUUCGGGUCUAAUCAUUUAUGCGAAUUAUUUGUGGAAUACUUAUUAAUUUUGUAAUGAUAACUUCAGACAGCUGGGUUUUCACUCAAUGUGUAAAUAAUGUAUUAAGUUUGGGCACUAAUAACGUAGUUAUGUUGUAUGAAAUUUUGCUAUAAUUAGCGUUAUUUUCAUAAGAUAAGUUAAAAUUAAUAUUGCAUUAUCAAAAGUACUUAGAGAUUUUUUAUGGAGCUGAUGAAAUGAAUAGCAUAAGAAUUCAAACUGUUGGUUAUGAUAAUAUUGUACCUACUAAUCAUAGGUAGUCUUUACUGAAAUACUAAUUUUACGUAAAAAAAACAGAUUUAGAUAGCAUUGCUAAUAAGACUGUGAGAAAACAAAGUCAUAGUUUUUCAGAAUCGCACAAUAUUUUGUCUUCUAUUAAAUUAAUAUUACGAUUACGGAUGUGUUGAUGUCUACAUAUUGAAUGUUGAAUAUGGAUACUGGAGGUAAUAAAAUAAAGAUUUUUUAUACUA